AUGGUUAUUGAAUUGGCCAUGAAACAUUUGUUCCUAGCAUUUACUAUGAUUAUUGAAGCGCAUUACUGCAGUUCACUAGCAGUGGAUGGUGGAGAUACCCUUUUCUUAGGGGCUUCACUCACUGGAAAUCAGACCCUAAAUUCCAAAAAUGGCACGUUUGCAUUGGGAUUUUUCAGCCCGAAAGGAACGGAAAACUGGUAUAUUGGCAUCUGGCAUGCACCAAUCUCUCAAAACGUCAUUGUUUGGGUGGCUAACAGAGAAAAUCCUGUCAGAAGCAAGCUUGGCAUUCUAAAAUUUUCGAGAGACGGUCAUCUCAGAUUGUUUGAUAAGAAGGGCCGGUCUGUUUGGUCGACUGAUAGCGACCAGAAAGGAUCAAGAGCUGUGUUAACGGACUCUGGCAAUUUUAUUAUGCUGGAAACCCACAAUGAGUCUGCGAUUCUUUGGGAGAGUUUCGCGCAUCCGCCAGAUACAUGGUUGCCUGCCAUGAAGAUGUGGAAAGGCAUGAAGCUGACUUCCUGGAAGAGUUCUUCGGAUCCUGCAACUGGGCUCUUCUCUUUCGGUAUGGACAUGUCUCCAGGAAAGACACAGAUGAUGCUGUUCUAUAACAACACGGUUCCGUACCUGUCCAGUGGAGAAUGGAAUGGGGCUUAUUUUGUUAACGAACCCCAAUUGGUAGGUUCUAAGAAACUGCAAGCGUCCUGUGUGGAUCUUUCUCCUUCAAGAAUAUACGUUAAUUAUGUUGUAAACCAGAUAGAUCAUAUUCUGACGGGGCGGUUCCUGUUGUGUCCAGGGGUUCACACCCAAGAAGGGCUCAAAAAGUUGGUGGUCGAGUGGGUGUGCUCGGCGAAGACCCCUGCAUUGCUCUAUCACAGAGGGCACACAACCGACGGCUUCUCGGAAGCCAAGGACCAAUACUUGUCUGAAAAAGAAGCUGUCUUAUACAACGAGGAAACUCAGCAAAGCUGCCGGACUACCUGUCUCAACAAUUGCUCCUGCAUAGCCUUUGCGUUCCCUAUUUCCGAUCUACCCGUCUGUAGACUGUGGUUCGGGGAUUUAUUCGGAAUGCGCGUUUCUUCUGAGGGCCAAUCCAUCUUCGUCAGGAUGGCUGCUUCUGAGUUGCAGUUGAACUUGAAAUCAGAUAAAAGCAGCAAAACCCCUAAACUUACUAUUUUACUUUCUGCCGCCGCAUCACUUCUUGCUGUUGCGGGUCUCAUGUCGGCCAUAUUAAUUCUGUGGAAACGUCAAGGAAUGUUGAAGAAAGACGUGGAAGAGGAGGUGCCAAUAUCGCUCGAAAAGUUCAGUUACAAAGAGCUGCGGAUCGCAACGGACAAUUUUAAGCAUAAGCUGGGUAGCGGAGCUUUCGGCUCUGUGUUCAAAGGGACUCUGCCAGACAACACGCCUGUUGCGGUUAAAAGAUUAGAGGGUUCCUCGCGUGCAGAUAAACAAUUCCGUGCCGAAAUAAUCACCACUGGCAGAAUACAGCACGUGAAUUUGAUCAGGCUGUGGGGAUUCUGCGUAGAAGGCUCUCGAAGGCUUCUAGUGUAUGCCUACAUGCCCAAUGGCUCUCUAAAUUCCUUCCUCUUCUCUGAGUCGGAAGACUCAAAGAAGGUCUUGGACUGGAAGACCCGAUUCGAGAUUGCUGUGGGCACUGCACGAGGAUUAGUUUAUCUGCAUGAGGAAUGCAGGGUUCGCAUCAUUCACUGCGAUAUCAAGCCUGAAAACAUUCUCCUGGACGGCAACUUCAGCCCAAAAGUGGCAGAUUUUGGGCUAGCGAAGCUGGUAGGUAGAGAUUUCAGCCGUGUACUGACGACCACGAGAGGAACUCGUGGAUACUUGGCUCCCGAGUGGAUCUCUGGGCUUCCAAUCACUCCCAAGGCGGACGUAUACAGUUUCGGUAUGAUGUUGCUGGAGAUUAUAUCUGGUCGUAGAAAUCUGGACUUGAAAGUUGAGGAGAGCAGGUUGUACUUUCCUACAUGGGCUUCAUCUCAAAUUCAAAGUGGAAACAUAAUAGAGCUUGUGGACGCAAAGAUAGCAAGUGAAGCGGAUAUCAGAGAGGUGAGAAGAGCCGCUGUGGUGGCUGGGUUGUGCAUUCAAGACGAUGAGAUUGAGAGGCCGAACAUGAGUGAAGUGGUGAAGAUACUGGAAGGCACGAUGGAGGCUCCUAUACCGCAAAUUCCGAGAUCUAUAGAGCUCCUUACAGAUCAGUUAGACGACAAAGACAACGGUAGCUGCGGCCAAUAUCAUACCAUAUAG